AUGACAGUCAUAUACGUGCCUCUGAUCUCAUCCAGAAUAAUGAUGAGGUCUUUGAUUUUGCUCUCUCAACUCUUCUUCUACCUCUUGCUGCUUUUGUAUUCUCAACUUGCUUCAUCCUCUUCUUCUGCACCAUUCUGCUCCCAAGACCAAAGCAUUGCAUUGCUCCAAUUCAAGCAAUUAUUUUCUUUUUCCAAUGAUGUUUCUUUCAAUUGUGAUGAAGUUGAUCUUCAUUCUUAUCCAAAGAUGGAGUCCUGGAAGGAGGGAACUGAUUGCUGCUCAUGGGAUGGUGUUACAUGUGAUAGGAUGAAAAGAGAUGUGAUAGGCCUUGACCUCAGUUGUAGCUGGCUUUGUGGCACCAUUCCUUUCAACAGUAGCCUCUUUCUUCUCCCUCACCUGCAAUGGCUCAACCUCGCUUCAAACAAUUUUAGCUAUUCCUCCAUUUCAUCUAGGUUUGGCCAGUUUGCAAGAUUGAAACACCUUGACCUUUCUCACUCCAUGUUUUCUGGCAAAGUCCCACUUGAAAUAUCUCACCUCUCCCAACUCGCCUCACUAGAUCUCUCUGACUACAAUAGCUAUCUCAAACUCGAAGCAUCUGUUGUGAAGAGGCUUGUCCAAAAUCUGACCAAGCUAAGAGAACUUCAUCUUGAGAAUGUUGAGAUGUCUUCUAUUUCUCUUAGUUCUCUCAUGAAUCUGUCUUCUGCUCUGACAUCCAUUACUCUCAACAAUUGUUUAUUGCGCGGGAAGCUACCUGAUCACAUUUUCCGCCUACCAAACCUGCGUGAGCUUAUUCUAACAGAUAAUCCUGAACUCACAUGGUCUUUUCCAAUGGUAAAUUGGAGCACACCACUAAGGUAUUUGGAUGUCUCUCGCACAAUUUACUCAGGAGAGUUACCAAAAUCAAUUGGCAAAAUGAAAUUCAUGCAACAUUUGUUUAUGAGUGAAUGCAAGUUUAAUGGGUCCAUUCCUGCAUGGCUUGGCAACCUUACACAGCUCAUCGAUUUGGAUUUAUCAAUUAACAAUUUUAGUGGUGAGAUGCCAUCAUCAAUUUCAAAUCUCUUUGUACUCUCCUACUUCGACCUACGAUCCAAUAAUAUUCAAGGUAAGAUCCAUAAGCAUUUUUGGUUAUUAACGUGUAGUCCACAAUUAGAAAUAUUUUGAACUCAUAAAAUUGCAAUUUUACAGGAGCACUAUACCAAUAUGGCUUGGGAAUCUCAGGAGAGUUACUGAGAUUUUCUUUGGAACUAACAACUUUACGGGCCAAAUCCCAUCAUCACUUUCAAACCUAAAGAAUCUCACUUUUCUUGGCCUCAGAUAUAACAACAUUGGAGGCAGGAUUCCCAAUUGUUUUGCCAACCUCACAAAACUCACCGCAAUUCACUUGUCUUACAACCAACUCAC